AUGUCUCUCUUCGACGCAGACUCCUUCGCGAGUCCGUUCCGGAUCGUGAAUCUCGUUAUUGGCGCGCUCAUGGUCAUCUUGGGACUCUACACCCUUCUCUUUGGCUCUCUCGUCAUCGCUGCCGAGUUCUCGAUUCCCACCCAAAUCGCUCGCUAUGCUUCCUUCUUGAUGUCUUUCCUCGGCAGAGGUCUUUUCUACGUCUUCAUGGGUGCUCUCGUCCUCUCCCCCGGACCUUUGAGAGUCGUCGGCGGCGCCGUCAUCAUCCUCGUCGGUGCCAUCUACAUCGUCCUCGAGUUCACGCCCUCAAUCGAACCGCCCACCAACAUGCGAAGCGACGAAUACGGCUACGAAGCGCCUGUCGGCGAGACCGUCUAA